AUGUCAGGGGAGGAGGACUUUUAUCUGUUCGAGAACGUCUCCUCGGUGGGGCCCUGGGAUGGGCCUCAGUACCACAUCGCCCCUGCCUGGACCUUCUACCUGCAGGCAGCCUUCAUGGGCUUUGUUUUCUUUGUAGGGACUCCACUCAAUGCCGCCGUGCUGGUGGCCACGCUGCGCUACAAAAAGUUGCGGCAGCCCCUCAAUUACAUUCUGGUCAACAUCUCCCUGGGGGGCUUUCUCUUCUGUGUCUUCUCUGUCUUCAUGGUCUUCGUCGCCAGCUGUCACGGAUACUUCUUCUUUGGCCGCCGCGCCUGCGCGCUGGAGGCUUUCCUGGGCUCCGUAGCAGGUCUGGUUACAGGCUGGUCACUGGCUUUCCUGGCUAUUGAACGUUACGUUGUCAUCUGUAAGCCUUUUGGCAACUUCCGCUUCAGCUCCAAGCACACGCUGAUGGUAGUGCUGACUACGUGGACCAUUGGUAUUGGAGUCUCCAUACCACCCUUCUUUGGUUGGAGCAGGUUCAUUCCCGAGGGUCUGCAGUGCUCCUGUGGGCCCGACUGGUACACCGUGGGCACUAAAUAUCGCAGCGAGUCUUACACCUGGUUUCUCUUCAUCUUCUGCUUCAUCGUGCCUCUCUCCCUCAUCUGCUUCUCCUACUCUCAGCUGCUGGGGACUCUCAGAGCCGUGGCAGCUCAGCAACAGCAGUCUGCUACCACCCAGAAGGCUGAGCGGGAGGUGAGCCGCAUGGUGGUGGUGAUGGUGGGCUCCUUCUGCCUCUGCUACGUGCCCUAUGCUGCCAUGGCCAUGUAUAUGGUUAACAAGCGUGACCACGGACUGGACCUGCGGCUUGUCACCAUCCCUGCCUUCUUCUCCAAGAGUUCAUGCAUCUACAACCCCAUCAUCUACUGCUUCAUGAACAAGCAGUUCCAAGCUUGCAUCAUGGAGAUGGUAUGCAGGAGGCCCAUGACGGAUGAAUCCGACAUGUCCAGCUCUCAGAAAACAGAAGUUUCCACUGUUUCUUCUAGCAAAGUUGGCCCCAACUAA